AUGGGUUUGUCUCUACCGAGCUGGGGCUUUUCCCUUCUCAUUCUUCUUGCUUUCUCCGGCCAGGCUUAUGCCUUUGGUGCCGGUAAUAUUGCUUCUUUGUCCAAGAUCGAAGGUCAGAAUUGGCGUCAUGGAGAUAUUGAAGAUACCCUUCUGAGUCUCGUCCUGGCCCGUGUUGCUGGUGGCCGCAAGUUCGGCAAGCUUGAUGUCAAGCGUGUUUACUUUGGUAACUGGCUUCGUGACUACAGUCAGGCUGUUGAUGUGGGCACUGUCAAGUACGUCAGUGCCGAGGCCAUUCGGAUUCUUAUCUGGGUCUUGGGUUUCAUGAGCUUUGGUUCGAAGUCACAACCGAGCGACUGGGCUGCUACCAACCCACCGAACACAUCGAUAACCCCCCAAGGAUAUGCUGAGGGUGAUGAUGCCCGACGCUACGAUCGUCGCCUUCGUGGUCCAAUCGACGAACGCCGCGAACUUUCCAUUGACGAACGCACCGGUUUGAAGAACUACAUUGCCUCCGAGGACAUGGGUAUCGAUACCUCGGCCGAGCUGAUUCGCCGCGUUUUGGGCAAAUCUAUCCAGCUGGGUCGUCGUUAUGCUCGCUCUCGCAAUGAUGAAGAUCUCCACGAGGCUCUCCGCUUGCUGGGUACCGGUCUGCACUGUCUGGAGGACUAUGCUGCGCACUCAAACUACACUGAACUGAGUCUGCUCGAGCUCGGUGAAAGGGACGUCUUCCCCCAUGUGGGUCGUAACACCAAGGUUCAGAUUCGUGGCGCUCGCAACUCGGUGUAUCCUAUUGUGACCGGUACUUUCGGCGGUGUGGACUUCUUCCACUCCGUGCUCGGUGAGCUGUCUGAUAAGACCAAGCAGUCGGAACUCCAAAACUUGGAAGGUGUCAUCUCUCAGUCAGAGGGUGAUAGCCCUAGCCUCCUGCAGGAUUUGCUUAGCAAGAUUCCGAGCGGAUUGAUUGGCGACACCGAUGACGAAGCUGGUAAAAUGGACGACUUCAAGGCCAAGGCGGAUGAUCAGCGACAGAACAAUCAAAACAUCAGCCCUCGUGAACCAGAGGAAUGGACUCGCUAUCUUGACAAUGUUCAGAAGCAAAUCUACCCUGUUCUCGAAUGGCACGACCAGCUGCUGAAGAGCAUCAACGAGGCCAUUGAGAAAAUCCCAGUUCUCCCAGACCUUAUUGAACAAGUUCAGGAUCAAAUCACCGUCUUCGUCUUCUCCGUGCUGGCACCCUACGUUCUCCCCAUCAUCAAACAAGUCAAGGCCGAGCUGGAAACUGGCUCUUCGGAAGUCAUCCAGAGCAGUCGGGAACAGCAACACAUCGUCUUCAAUGACGAUUCCUCUUCCAACCCCACCCACUCCAUGCUCUCUAAGGACCACUUCUCCAACAUUCUCAACGAGCCCGCUGGCCGAAUUGCCUCCAGCGUGGUGAAAUGGUCUGUUCCCCAGCUGAUGCAGUGCUGGGACGAUGAGAACGCCGACGUCGAUCGAACCCUGACGAGAAUCAUCAAUGGAGUCUUCCACCACCCCGCUCUCCGCGAAUAUGGAGACGACGGCGCCAACGAGAUGCGUCAAAUCAUGUUCUCCACGGUGGAGAAAUGGUGGGGCGAGCACAGCGAAAGAGAGCGUGGCUCUCUUCGCGAUCAAUUGAGCCGAGACGGCGUUCUCCAUGGCAGAAACCACAAAGAGGGCGUUGAAGAUUGCGGACAUGGCUGCGGUAAACCUAUUACCUUGCCUGGAAAGAAGCAAUCUGGCGGCGGCGGCGGCGGCCACAACCAGGGCCAGGGCCGCCAAUCCAAGAACGAUUCCGGUCUGGAGAAGGUUGCUUCCGAGGCCGUCGGGGGCGGUGCCCUUGGUGGCCUGAUCGGUGGCCUGGUGGGCGGAAUAGGCUCCAUGGUUCUCGAAGGUGGCUCGGAUGAGCGAAAGAGCAGCCCUAAGCCGCGCAGAAACAAGGACGACAGCGAUGACGAAAAGAAAGAACGACACCAUCGCCCCAAGCCUCGCAAGGACGACUCCGGCGAUAGUGACGAGGAGCGUCGCCAGCGUCACAAGCCCCAGCGUCAUCAGUCUCCUAGACGUGAGGAGCGUCACGAGCAGCAAUCUUACCACGAGGCUCCAUCGCGCUAUGGAAGUUCUGAGUACCAAAGUGAAACCCAGACUCCUUCUUAUGGCCAGCAGUCUAGCCGUCGUGAUGAUUACUCUUCGCGUCGUCCGGAGACUGGUGGAUAUCAAAGUGAGGCCCCGUCCUACGGUGGUUCUAGCGGUGCUUCGUAUGGCGGCGGUGCUUCUUACGGUGGCUCUGGCGGUGCCUCCUAUGGCGGUGGUGAAGCAUCCUACAGCGGUGGUGGAGCUUCUUAUGGUGGCUCUGGCGGUGGUUCCUACGGCGCUUCUGGACGUGACUCCUACAACGAGCAACCAGUCCGUCGCAACGACUACCAACCCACCCCUCAAAACUACCACCGCGAGGAAUACCACGAGUCUCCAUCUGGCAACAGCAGCUACUACCAAGAGGAAAGCCGUCAGACUUACGGAGGUACUCGUACCGAAUACCAGCGUACCGAGGCUCACCAUGAGUACUCAUCCUCUCGGCCGACCUAUGAGUCUGUGCAGCAGAGUUCCUACAGCCGUGGAGGAUAUGAGCAGGAUUCAUCGUCCGGCUAUGGUCAGCGCGGCAACGAUGAAUACGGAAGACCCGCUUAUCAGUCCCAGCAAGAGAGCUACGGCGGAGGCCGUGGAGGUGUCGAGGUCGUCGAGGUCGUCGAGCGUCGGCCUCGAGGAUCCGGUGGCUCUCGCUCUCGCUCUCGUAGCCGUAGCGACUCUCGCAAGCGUCACCACCGUCACCACCAUCACCGCCGUGGCUCUGGCUCGGGAUCGGAUUAA